AGAAAGGUUUUAAAAUUAAUGUCCCAUAUACUGGACAAAGUGAAUCAUCGGUUGUAAAUAAAAAACAUAAAAAUGGCCAGAAAACCUUUAAGCUCCAACGAUAUUCUCCAAAUGUUGGAAUCAGGCAAUGUAUCUGACAUAGAUUUAUCGGAGGAUGAUGAAGAAGAUCUCAUUGAAAUAGCAGAUGACUCUUUAAUUUUUAACGACCCUGCAUUAAUUGGUAGAAGAGAAAAUUUUGUAAGAGUAGGGGCGGAUGUGAUUCAUAAUAAUCAGACCGAAUUGCCUGAAGAUUUAAUUUUUGAAGAAAGUGACGAUGAAAGUUCUAAAGAAAAUAUAGAUACUUCGAACAAGCAAAUUUCUACAAAAGCAGCUAAAAUAAAAAUACAGUGGAAAAAAGCUGAAUUUCAAAUAAAAAAACUGGACGCAUGGGACAAUAGUUUCGAAUGCGAAGAAGUUGGGUCUCCAAUUUCGUAUUUUAAUAAAUACUUGCCCGCUGAAUAUUUUUCGGAAAUCGCCCAAUAUACAAAUAUGUAUGCCUUGCAGCAAGAUAAGAAGGGGUUCAAACCUUGCAAAGAGCAAGAAAUACAAAUUUUAUUCGCGUUGCACAUGAUGAUGGGAUGUUUAAAAUUCCCGCAAAUUACAUUAUAUUACAAAAAUUUGGUACUCUGGGCACCAUAA